AUGCGCCAGUCUGGAUUGGCGGUUGAGGAGCUUCAAAUCCUGGGAGUUAACAUCUUGGAUGACCUGCCCUGGGCCCAACACAGAGCUCGAUUGCCGGAGUUUACCAUCCACGUGGAACGCAGCCAGAUAAAUGUCGCCGUCGGGGAUGAUGCGUUACUUUCCGUGCGGCCGUCGGCAAAAGUCAGGAGUGGUUACUGGCACUUCGGGGAACAAGCUAUUGCCGUUUGGAAUGCUGAUGGGAAUGAUUAUGUCAAUGGGUAUCAAUCACAGUCAAGAUUAUUCCCCAACGGGUCCCUCCUGCUGAAUUCGGUGAAGGUUUCUGACAGCGGGACGUACCGUGUGCACAUGAAUCCAAGCGAUGGCUCUCAAACAAUGGUGAACAUCAUUCUGGAGGUCUCUGCUACCAGCACAACAACGCUCCGAACUGUUGUGACGCAGAUAGUAGAGCUGCAUCGCUUGACCUCGGGGUACCGGGUUCGAUCCCGACCCCCGAUGCUGUUGGGAAGAACUGCCAUUUGUGCAUUUCGGUUUGAGUCAUUGCGAUUGUGUUUACGGGACAAUCCCUUCCCUCUUCGCCGGCUGCAGAUUGAGGUGGCGGAGGAAGGGGUGCGAUGUGGGGCGGCGUGCGAGUGGGAGAGAGUUGUUUUGACUGUUUCGGGGGGGUGUUUCAGCGCAGAUAAGAGCGAGCGUUGGAAGCGGGCCACCGGCGCAUUCCGGCGAUGUGACUCACUCGCUGAGCUCUGUAGAGAGGCGGCUGCAGCGAAGAGGCCGGCAGCAAAGGACGAAUGCUGCUACGCUGAAAUGCAAAAGCACGGGUUCCCUCUGCUCCUCUGCACUUUGUGCAUCGCCGCUGUCAAGCCGGAGCCGUCCGAGUUGGAGGUCGAAAGGCACUUGAUCUACGCGGCGGUGGGGGCACCUAUAGCCCUUCAGGCAAACAUAUCCUCCGGCUCCAGGAGCGGCACAUGGCGGUUCAGUUGCAGGGACAUAGCCGUGUGGAUAGGCAACAUGACAGAUAUCAACAACGACUACUCGGACCGAGCCGAGUUGCUGAGUAACGGAUCCCUGACACUCAGAUCCCUGGCAGUGAAUGACAGCGGAGAAUAUGUUGUUACAGCGAACCCGCCGUUCUCCAACUUCUCAUUCACAUCCCGCAUCGAACUGAAUGUAGUGGUUCCUGUUUCGAAGCCUACAGUUGUAGCCAACCUUUCAGAGGUCUUGGAGGGCAAUGGGACAGUCACACUAAGCUGCGAACUCACUGGUGAUUUACCUGUUAUUCUUUGGAUGAAAGACGGCAAAUGGCUCCAAUAUCACGACAGGAUGAACAUUACAGCAGACAACCAGACAGUGACGAUUACAGCAGUCAAUAGGUCUGAUUCCGGAAGUUAUCAGUGCGAGGGGCACAACUCGUUAGUAGAGAAACAAGCGAUGAACUACGGCUAAC